GACGCGCUGCGAGCAGAGGCGCGAGGGAGGACGGCGCACGUGAGCGAGCCUAGAAAGGCAACGGGGCGGCUGGUGGCGUCGCGCCCGUCGCGCGUGUUUAAGUUAAAGCAGUGAACUGGCUCAGGGCUUCAUGUAAUGGCCGCCCAGCUCGACGGCGACUCCCACAUAUCCAUCCCCGUAGGCAUCAUCGUCGGCCUCCUCGCGUCCUUCGUACAGUCUCUCGGUCUCACCGUCCAGCGCAAGAGCCAUGUCCUCAACCAGCAGCUCCCCGAGGACCAGCAGAAGGUCGAACACCGUAGGCCGCUUUGGCUAUUAGGCUUCUCGAUAUUCAUCUCCUCGAACCUCUUCGGGUCCAUCUUCCAGAUCGCCUCGCUUCCAGUUGUGAUUCUCGCGCCCCUUGGAGCGGUCUCCCUGUUGUGGAACGCAUUCUUUGCACGUAUCCUUCUUGGAGAUGUCUUCUCAAUAUGGAUGCUUCUGGGCACGCUGCUCAUCGCUGGCGGCGCGGUGCUAAUUGCGAUCUACGGCAUUGUACCAGAGCCCACUCACUCCCUCGAAGACCUGCUCAUGCUGUGGAAUCGCCCCGUCUUCAUAGUCUACUUCUCCCUCCUGGGCAUGGUAACCGUUGUCUCGCUGGCCAUCACUCACAUCGCUGAAUACUCCUACCGGCGCCGUAUGGUACUACCCGACGUCUCGCCGCCGCUCUCACCACUCGUUCUCCCCACAUCACAACCCUCUAUCUUGACCAACAGCACCACGGCGACCCAUGCAGUCGACCACAAUGAAAGAACACCCCUCAUUGACCGCAAACCCCGCCCCCAGUCUUACAAUCGCUCCAAGUCUCCCUCGCCUUCUGGCAGCCAAUCCAUCAUCUCCACCACAAUCUCCUUCGCGACGAAGUCAACCCGCACACCACUCUUCCUUGCCGGCUCCUAUGCAUCUUUCUCUGGCAUCAUCUCGGGCAUGUGCCUUCUAUUCGCUAAGAGCGGUGUUGAGCUCCUCAUGCUCACCAUCGGAGGGGAUAAUCAGUUUUGGAGGUGGCAGGCAUGGGUGCUGCUACUCAGCCUGGGCGUAUGUGCCCUCUUGCAGCUCUGGUAUAUGCAUAAGAGUCUGGUCCUGGCUGACCCGACCGUUAUAUGCCCUUUGGCAUUCUGCCUCUACAAUUUAUCAUCUAUCUUCAAUGGUCUGGUGUAUUUCGACCAAUUCUCCGUCUUGUCUAAGAAGCAGCUCAUCCUCGUCCUCGUCGGCAUUGUUAUCCUACUCGCGGGCGUGUGGAUCGUUAGCUUCCCACCAGCGGGCGGAUACAGCAUCGACAUCGGCGCAUGGACCGCCGGGGAGAACGAGGAAGACGAAUCCGUCCCCCUACUCCAAUCCGACGUGAGCGAGGGCGAAUCUGAGGACGAACACGAGCAGCAUGACGACGAGCCUCUCCCGAUGCACGCACCACAGCCCAGCCAGUCGCGCACGCGCCGUUCGCGGAGCGAGGACAUCCGCCUGGGUGCCGUACAACCCGACCAAGCUCAAGUGCAAGCAGACGUGCAGCAGCACCACCGCUGCAUCACCGAGCCGCCCGCGCCCGUCGCACCGCCUUCACCCGUCACGCCGCUCCCGCCACGCGCCCGCCGACUCCGCACGGAAUCGCAACUCGAAAGCGGGACGGGCGCAAGCUCGAUGCACCGCUCGCGCUCGUCCUUCGGAACCGCCCAGAGCCCCGAGUCCUCGCUCGGCGGGAGCACGAGUAGGCGGCGACGCACGACGAUCGCCGCGCCGCUCAGCCCGCCUGGCGGAGGGACGGUGCCGGGCCCCCCGGCGCUGAGUGGGUUCUCGAUCGGGCUGAGCCCGGUGAGCCCCGGAUUCGCGCUGGUGCCACGGGAACGGCGGAGGCGGCCGACGGUCGGUGCCGAGAGCAUGAGGAGGGUGGUGAGUGAGGGCGGGGAGGUGAGGGCGAGUAGGGACGUGCAGCGGUUGAGAGGAGACGUGGAGGGCGCGAGGGAGGAGGGGUCGGGCGGUGGUGAGCGGCAGGAGGAGGAGCGGGCGAGGACGAUGGGUGAGGGGAGGCAUGCGCGGGGACGGUGGAAGUGGCUGAGGAAUGUGUUCGCGGUGGCGGGAUCGAGCGCGAAGUGAAGACGAGGAUGUGCGUUUUCGCCGGCAUUGACUGGUCGGGGAUGACCCUCCGGCCGGCGUGGCCUGGAUUGCCGUGGCCCGCGGAGGUCAUUGCGUUUACGGUCGCAGGUUCAUCUUCUGUGAUCGCUCACGGACAGCGAAUAUUACAUAUAGACUGACGAUAUUAUUGUAUUCUUGGACGGAGGACGAGGACUCUACGUGAUUAAUGUUCGGGCGACAGC